AUGAGCGGUAACCGUGUGGUAACACAGGAGCGGCUUGACGCCCUUGUGGAGAUGGAGGAGAGAUACGAGCGGGGCGAUACCGGAUACUUUGCCGGCCUGCUGGGACACGGCGACUAUGUGGUGCGAACGCGAGCCACCUGCAUCCUGGCGGACUUUGGCGGGGAAGACAAGAUACCGCACAUUGCCCGGGUCCUCAAGAGCGAUCCAAACGAGCUGGUCAGGCACGAGGCGGCCUUCUCCCUGGGCCAGAUGGGAUACGCCGGCGGCGUAAAACACCUUGAGGAUGCCACCCUGAACGACUCCAGCAUGUUUGUAAGGCACGAGGCGGCGAUAGCGCUGGGCGUAAUCGGAAACAGGGAUGCCAGGCAGGCCCUGGAGAGGGCGCUAGACGAUCCCGACCCGCCGGUGGUCGAGUCUGCCGUGGUUGCGCUCUCCAACAUCGAGUUCAUGGAGAAGCUCAGCAAGAACGAAAAGUUUGCAAGGCUCACGGGCGGCUAG